GGCAUACGAUGACGGCCUGAGGCUAACUAUCAAAUUGCCUGGUUUGUUUGUUUGUGGUGUUUGACUGCUGCACAAUCACCCACUCGUAUCUCCGUAUCUCCCCCUCAUAUAUUUAUCUUCUUGUCAAUGUUCAUCUUCUCCACUCCAAUACUACCUCACCCUCUAUCACUCUAUCGUUCUAUCGCUUACUGGUUGGAAGCGCGCAAUACUAGCAGUACUACCCUGCCAGCUACUAGUCUGGCCCAAACUCACCCUCAUUCACCUCGCAUACUUCGCGCAGCGAAUCUAAACUAAACAAUGCAGCAGCAAACAUCGUGGAAUGUUGAUCCGCCCCCUCUUCUGCACCCCCUGUCGUCUUGGUGGUGUCUUGGCCACCGAUCACCUGCCCUUCUUUUCCUCUGAUCUACCUUACCUUCUUUUCUUCUCUUGCUUCUGUGCAUCCUCUCAAACCUGCCAGAUCUCUUCUUUGUGGGAAUUAGAUAUUCGCCUAGAAUGUUGAUUUAUCGCCUUUGGCCAGUAUGUCUUGUACUGGCUACGGCAUCAUCUGUCUCAGUCAACCCAUUGCCUGCCCCGCGUAAAAUCAUUUGGGGAUCGUCUGGACCCAAGCACCUGGCUGGCUUUGUAACAUUGCGAGCAAUCAGCGACACCGACGAUUAUAUCCUCGCCAAUGCCUGGAACCGCGCCUGGAACACUAUAGUCGACCUCCAGUGGGUGCCCGCUGCCACUGAGGCCCCAAUCUCAAGUUUUCAACCUUUCCCAACCGCGACGCCCAGCUCGACGGCCCACAAGACUAAGCGCGUCUCAGCGCCCUCAGUACAAUAUGUCGACGUGGAAGUGAAGGACAUUGCCGCAGACCUUCAACAUGGGGUGGACGAGUCCUACACUCUCGAACUAACCGAGGGAAGCAGCACGGUGGAAAUCAAGGCUGCAACGGUCUGGGGAGCGCUUCACGCUUUCACCACCCUGCAGCAGCUGAUAAUCUCAGAUGGCUCAGGUGGGCUGAUCAUCGAACAAUGUGUCUCGAUCCAAGACGAACCCCUCUAUCCGUACCGCGGUAUCAUGAUAGACACGGGACGAAACUUUAUCUCCGUCGGCAAGAUCUACGAGCAGUUGGACGCGAUGGCGCUUUCCAAGCUGAAUGUCCUGCACUGGCACCUGGAUGACACUCAGUCCUGGCCCGUGCAGAUUGAUUCCCACCCGGAGAUGGUCCUUGAUGCCUACUCGCCUCGCGAGAUCUUCACCCACGCGGAUCUGCGCAGUGUUGUCGCGUAUGCUCGGGCGCGAGCAAUCCGGGUGAUUCCUGAGGUCGACAUGCCCAGUCACUCUUCCUCGGGCUGGAAGCAGGUAGAUCCAGAAAUGGUGACGUGUAUUGACUCGUGGUGGUCGAACGAUGACUGGGCUCUGCACACAGCCGUUGAGCCGAAUCCAGGCCAACUGGACAUCAUUUACCCCGGAACGUACGAUGUAGUCAAAGACGUCUAUAACGAGCUGUCAGAUAUCUUCACCGACAAUUGGUUUCACGUUGGCGCAGACGAAAUCCAGCCCAAUUGCUUCAACUUCAGUACUUACGUGACGGACUGGUUCCAGGAAGACCCCUCACGAACUUACAACGAUCUAGCGCAACACUGGAUCGAUAAUGCAGUUCCGAUCUUCCGCAACUACAGCGACUCGCGUCGCCUAGUAAUGUGGGAGGACAUUGUUCUCUCAACUGAGCACGCGCACGACGUCCCCACUGACAUCGUCAUGCAGUCGUGGAAUAACGGGCUGGACUACAUCAGCAAGCUGACCGACAAGGGUUACGAUGUCAUUGUCUCAUCCGCAGACUUCAUGUACCUCGACUGCGGCUUCGGUGGUUUCGUCACGAACGACCCUCGCUACGACGUCAUGAGUAACCCAGACCCUAACACCCCCAACUUCAACUACGGCGGCAACGGGGGCAGCUGGUGCGCCCCGUACAAAACCUGGCAGCGCAUCUACGACUACGACUUCACUACGAACCUGACCGAUGCCCAGGCCAAGCAUAUCGUCGGAGCGACUGCGCCGCUGUGGUCCGAGCAGGUCGACGACGUGACCGUCUCGAGCCGCUUCUGGCCUCGCGCUGCGGCAUUGGCUGAACUCGUGUGGUCUGGCAACCGCGAUGAGCAGGGGCGCAAGAGGACCACGCUGAUGACGCAGCGCAUCCUGAACUUCCGCGAGUACCUCGUUGCGAAUGGCGUGCAGGCGAGCCCGCUGGUGCCCAAGUAUUGUCUGCAGCACCCACAUGCUUGUGACUUGUACCGCGAUCAGAGUGCGGUGCACUAAAUGAUAAUGGUGUCUGAGGAUUCUGCACAGGUUGUUGAUCUAUGUUUGGGAUUUGAAGCAGUCCUCUUUGGCCGGCGGAAAUUUACUAUCCUAUCUAUGACUGGCUUCUGUGAGAGCGCUCACAUUUUCAUGCAGAUAGGUGGUCCAGGCGAGAUACAUAAAUUCACAUCUCGAGGUACUAAAUCAAGACAUACGCAUAGUGCACCGGGCUAGCUUAGCUCUUACUAAUUCAAAGACC